AAAAAAAAAACUUCCUUAGCCAAAACCCUGACUCCUGAGCCGUUGGCUUGAAGACCCGCCUGUGCAACCUUAUUCGAACUUUUGCAUUCUCAGAACUCCUGCGGUCGUGGUUGGUCACAGCACGCCAGGAAUCAUUGAUUGCUUGGUUGUUUCGCACCUCCUUGCGGUCCCCCAAGUUUCUCUCCAGUAGAUUUCUAUUGCCCUGCGAUACUUACUACUCAUCAAUUCGCCAGCACACAGACAACUCACCUUCCCCGCCCGCUUCUCACUGGAAUCCUCACGAGGCCCCUUACCCCGCAGGAAGCUUGCCUCUUCUUUUUAUCUCCUCUAUCGCUCUCUCUGUCCCCCCGCUUGCUCUCACGAUGGCUUCUCUCGGGUAGGCGUUUUUCCAUUCAAAGAUAUGUUUCGAAACGGUUGUACUGAUCACCUUCACAGCGAGGAUUUGCUCGGGGUGGUGAAUAAGCUGCAGGAUCUUGUAACCCUUCCCUCUCUCCCUUGCCUUUGGAAAAUGAGCAAUCAUCGGGAUGUUAUCUGACUCUGGCUAUAGGUCUUUAAUACCAUUGGAUCAGAUUCUGGCUUAGAUCUACCUCAAAUUGUAAAGAAAACACCUACAAAUCCCCACACUUGCGGCUCGUUUUGAGAAGUUUGUUCCCUAUGUCCGGGAACGUCGGCUAAUGAUGAUUUACUUGAUAGGUGGUCGUCGGCUCUCAAUCUAGCGGGAAAUCCUCGGUGCUCGAAAACAUCGUGGGCCGUGACUUUCUUCCACGCGGUUCAGGCAUUGUCACUCGUCGUCCGCUCAUUCUUCAACUCAUCAAUAUCCCCAACGACGAGGGCAGUGCGGAACCUCACACCCGGGAGGGCAACUCUGAACAGCCCGAAUUUGGAGAAUUUCUGCAUCAGCUUGGCAGACGUUACUAUGAUUUCAACGAAAUCAAGAGGGAAAUCGAGGCAGAAACGUCUCGGAUUGCCGGUAACAACAAGGGUAUCAACAGGGCUCCUAUUAACCUGAAAAUCUACUCUCCUCAUGUUCUUAGUUUGACAUUGGUGGACUUGCCGGGUUUGACAAAGGUGUUUUUUUUUCCCUCCCUCUCGUCAUCCUUCAGCUGGUUUUGUGCCGGAGAGUUGCGGCUGACUCAAAUUUGCAUACACAUAGGUUCCGAUCGGGGAUCAACCAACAGAUAUCGAGAAACAAACUAGGAACCUGAUAUCCGAGUAUAUCGCCAAGCCCAACAGUAUCGUCCUUGCUGUUUCCCCAGCAAAUGUUGAUCUUGUGAAUUCUGAGGCUCUGAAGCUCGCCCGGCAAGUUGACCCGCAGGGCAAACGGACGAUCGGCGUUCUCACCAAGUUGGACUUGAUGGAUCAUGGCACCAACGCCCUCGAGAUCCUCUCUGGAAGGGUUUACCCAUUAAAACUUGGAUUUAUCGGAGUGGUCAAUCGAUCACAACAGGAUAUCCAAGGGAACAAGUCCCUUGCUGACGCUCUGAGGGCCGAGCAAGAGUUCUUCAAAUUCCAUCCGGCUUACCGGAAUAUGGCGCACAGAUGCGGUACUCAAUUCCUGGCAAAAAGUUUGAAUAGUGUAAGCUUAAGCCGGCUAGGAUCGCUAUUCGAAAACAUGCGAGGCUAACUCAAACAGACAUUGAUGCAACACAUUAGAGAUCGGUUACCCGAUAUCAAAGCUAGACUUAAUACCCUUAUGGGCCAGACCCAACAAGAGCUUGCGUCCUAUGGGGACAUGCAUUUUAGUGGUAAAGAACAUAGAGUAUGUCCUCCUAAUACCGUAUUGCAAGACGGGAGCUAACCAACCUUCCUAGGGCUCCUUAAUUCUACAACUCAUGACGCGAUUCGCCAGUUCAUUUAUUUCAUCUAUUGAUGGUACUUCGUCCGAAAUCUCCACUAAGGAGCUCUGUGGUGGCGCACGGAUAUACUACAUUUUUAACAGUGUUUUUGGCAACUCGCUCGAGCUAAUUGAUCCAACCACCAACCUUUCGGUUCUCGACAUCCGAACAGCUAUCAGAAACUCUACCGGACCGAGGCCUAGCUUAUUUGUCCCGGAGUUGGCCUUUGAUUUGCUUGUCAAGCCGCAGAUAAGAUUGCUGGAAAUUCCAUCCCACCGGUGUGUCGAGUUGGUUUACGAAGAGCUCAUCAAGAUUUGCCACACUUGUGGAACCACGGAACUUUCGAGAUUCCCGAGAUUGCAGGCCAAGUUGAUCGAGGUUGUGAGUGAUUUGUUGAGGGAGCGAUUAGGACCUACAUCGGUCUAUGUCGAGAGCUUGAUCGCGAUACAACGAGCCUAUAUCAACACUAACCAUCCCAACUUCCUUGGUGCAGCAUCGGCCAUGUCAUCCGUCAUCCAAAACAAACAAGAGAAGGAACGUAAAGCUCAGGCAUUUGAAAGAAGGAAGGAGCGUGACAGACGCAAGCCCACAAGCAUGAGCAACUCCUCUCUACCUCCAACACUUAAUGGUGAGGGUGGGCCCGAGUAUGAAGAGAAUCCAAUAAUUGAGCGCGCUCGGAUGAUGCAUGGUCGUGGUGAGUCGAGAUCAAUUUCGCCUGCCCCUGGCGCACUGGAAUCCUCAGCUCUUAGCACUGCCAUGAGCAUCAAUGGGCGACCGAGCAGUCCUCAAGUGCACACCUCACCAGGGUCAACGACCAACAAAACCGACUCUUUCCUGAACUACUUUUUUGGAAAGGAGGGUAGUAUGCCGGCAACCAGCGGAGCUGCGCCAAGAUCCGCACCUGAGCCGAGUUUUACCCAGAGCAUCAGGCGUGGGACAGAAAGGAACGAGAAGCCUGUGUUUGACAUGUCAAGGCUUUCACAAAAUUUCGAUGAUACUAGUCUAGUACGCGACAAAAAUAAGACCCGCCCCAGUGUGAUGUAUGCUAACCACUUAUCCCUCCGCGUUCAGGAAACAGUCCCCUUCACCGCAACUCUUGACGAGCCAGCCCUGACUGAGAGGGAACAGAUGGAGACAGAGUUGAUCCGCCGACUCAUCUCUUCCUACUUUAACAUUGUCCGUGAGACCAUCCAGGACCAGGUUCCCAAAGCAGUUAUGCACUUCCUCGUUAAUUUCAGCAAGGACGCCGUCCAGAACAGACUCGUAACAGAGCUGUACAAGGAGGAAUUCUUCGGCGACCUUCUAUACGAGGAUGAUGCUAUCAAGGCCGAGAGGGAGAAGUGCGAGAGACUCCUGAAGACUUACCGUGAGGCGUCCAAGAUUGUUGGAGAAGUGGGUUUGUAAAAAAAGAAAAAAAGAAAAUAGUGUCGAGUAACGAAAAAUAUCCGAAAUAGAGCAAAAUGAGAAGAAAGAAACUGUUGGUGUGGAUCGGAUCAUGGGCUCCGGAUGAGGUGCCAGAGGGGGAAGAGGUUCCGAUUGAGUCUAAUGGAAAUGAUAUGUAUAUAAAGAUUACGAACGAACCAUCGAACGAGAACGGGAACGAGGAUUGCGAUUUGAUGACAACCUUUUUUUUUUUUUAUUCCUUCCGGUUUUUUGUUCCGGUGGGGGUUUGAAGUUGUCCGGUAUACCGAUGGAAAAGGGAACUAGAAGGAAACCACGCUUAUAACUUAAGGGCGGGCGGUUAGGUGGGAUGGCUUUCUGUUAUAUUUUGCUUUACUAUCCUCUACUAUACCUUGUUAGGGGGUUCGUGCUGGUGGGAUCUAAAAAACGAGCCCCCUUUUCUCUUCUUUUCUCUCUCCUCUCUCUCUAUCCUAUCUACUCCGGUUUGUCCAUGUUCUUGUCUGUUUUACACUUCUCUUUUCGCUGAGUAAACCUGCCCGCGGGAAUUUACCUAGCCUAUUUUGCAUCGUCUGGUCUCUUUUCGAGGAGCAAGUUAUCUACCUAGUAUAUACAGCACACAAGUUUUGCGUUUUGUCUAGUUUGGCAGUUUUCCUUCCUAUCAAAAUAUAUUAGAUUCUCCACUC